AUGUCGACUCAAAACACAUUAAACAUAUUAGAUGAAAACCAAUUUAAAAUGAACCAACCUGAUAAACAACAAUUACUAAAUGUUAGAUUAAUUCUAAAUUCAAAUAAAGAAAAUGAAAUGUCUAUUGAUAAAAUUUUGCAACCAAAUUUAAUUCCUACAACAGAUGAAGAAACUAUAGAAUCAACUAAAGAAGAAAGUAUUGAACCAACUAAUGAAGAAAAAAUAGAAUCAACUAAUAAUUUUGAUACUGCUAGUUCAAUAUUUAGUGACAAUCAUUUAAUUAAAAUUUCUAAAUCUCCAGAACUAAGUAAAUUUAAAGUCAGACAUCAUAAAACAACGAUAUUAGAACCAACAACUAUAAAAGUAAAUUGGAAUAAUAGCUCAAAUAUGGAUUUGAACUCUAAUGGCAAUGCAACUAAAAUAAACUCAAUAUCAUUCAAUCAAACUUAUUUCAAAAGAAUUAACAUGACUAAAAUUAUUCAUGAUAUUAAUACUAAGAAUCAUUAUAUUCAACAAUACUUUGAUAAACAAAAAAAAUCAAAUAAAAAUCAUGUUGUUCAAUAA